AUGUCUGUGCUCACUGCUAGCGAAGGUUUUGGCCUGGGGCCAAUGAUCGAAGGACUCAUAGGGAGAUAUGCAGUGGCUGGGGUACCUCCCCCUGAAGUGCUUUACGUCGACAGAGACUGCUGUGGAAACACGCUUCUUCGACGAAUGUUCCAGAAGUGGAAAGACCUUAACAUCCGCCUGGACAUAUGGCACUUCAUGAGAAGGUUUUCGGUGGGCUGCACCACGGAUUCACACCAGCUGUAUGCGUCCUUCAUGAGGCGCCUCAGCCACUGUCUCUUUAUGUGGGAUGAGGAAGAUCUGACAGCCCUCAAGAUCGCAAAGCGCUCCGAACUCUCUGCCAGGCUCACCAAUCCCUCAGAUGCUGACGUGCUGAGGUCCAUUAGCCGCAGUGAGUUAGCCCUGCACUGCAGGAGAACGACACGUGGCUCUCAGGAGACUCUGGCUCUCAUCAAAAGCCUCAUCCAAGCUUUUGAUGGGGACACUCUGGGGGUCCCUCUGAUCAACUCGGAACGCAUGGCUGGCAUUUUAGCUGCUCAGGCAAAACAUGUGGCCUGCAUCCAGGACCCCGCAGGCAUCCAGCUGUACACCAGGACGGGAACAAUCCUGAAAGGAGGACAUCGUUUGCCCACAUACCGCUGUGCCAGAGGUUCAACAUUCCUUGAAUCUUUUCAUCUUCACCUGAAUAGGUUCAUCCCUGGCACCCUGGCAAGUGAUGUCUUCUUCCAGGCCUACCUGUUAGAUGGGCUGGCCAGGUGGAAUGAAGACCGCGCUGUAGCCGCCACAUCAGACAAGCAGCAGCAGCCAUGCUCCUACGACCAUCUCCUGCGGCAUGCUGCUAACAGUUUGUCUGAGGAGGUCCUUGGCCAGGAAAUUGUUCCCUAUACUGGGCCAAGGAAAUACACAGGUGAACUUCUAGGGGUGGAGUACCUUUACCAGCAAACUGGUAAAGUUCUCCAAGAUUACAGACAGGCUGUUGAAGAGUCGGAGACAAUGGACAUGGAGAUUGAAGACAGCUUCAAUGAACCCGAAGAGUUUGAAGACUUCACUGUGGCCACUUUGGAGCCAGUGAGGACCUUCACAGUCUCUUCAACGUCAUCCUUGGCACCCACCAGCAGUCUGUCAGCUCCAGACCCUCAGCCUGGCCCCUCUUGGUCUCCUCCUCCUCCUGAGGGUCCCUCAGCGAGUGCGACACACUCAGCGCCUGGACCUACAUCACCAUCUCCCUCUUCAUCACCUUCCGCCACCACCUCUGUUCCCCCUUGUGUCUUAUCCCCCGCUGAACAGAGCACCUCCAAAACAGAUCUGCCAGCAACCCCUCAACAGUUGGACUCUUCAUGUGACGAUUCUGUCGGCCCUGACAACGUGGAGGGUUAUGGGGCCGUGCAGGAGCUGGCUGAUUUCUUGGUCGGCCUCCGGCACAAUAACCUUGUGGUGACUGCAGAGGAGUCAAACCGGAUCGUUUCCCUGUGGCAGUCAUUGGGGGAUUAUGACAAACAAAAAACGGUUUACUCCCAGCGUCACCAAGCCCACCUGAAGCAGGGUAGAUUUAGAGCAACCAAAAAAAUUGUAGCCCCCGGCGUUCAAAGCACAAAAAGGUGUUUUAUCGGGGCUCACAGUCCUGCACAGUGGCCAGACUGCAACCGAGUGUCAGAGGCCAUCUUUGUGAGACUCUGUGCCUUGUACCCAAACGCCGUCCGAUGCGAAGCGAAGAAGGUUUCUCGGUUCACUAUGGUGGUGCGAAUGUACAGGACGAUUAGAGAGUGUGUCGUCUCAAAUGCCAGAAUUAUGAGCGAGACCACCAUCCAGCUCCCAGAAGUAAAUGCUGCUACAGUCACACAAUGGUACAGCAGGCGGUGCCGGGCACAAGAAAAACUCAUUUUAAACCAGGGCAUCCCACAACCUGCUGCUUCCAUGGCAGCUACAGAAAAACUUCCAGAUCCACUCCAGAAAGGAACACCUUUACAGGUGGGGACCUCAGCUCAGCCGCACAUUUUUGUGCUUCCGCCCAACACUGCUGGGGAGGCAAAACUUAAGGCAAAGCCACAGCUGCAGGAUCCACCUCACAGGUUUUGGUUCCUCCCGUUUUAA